UAUGGCGUUUUGUUGACAUGCCAGCUUGUCAACUUUAAACCGAACCAGCAACAAAACCAAAAAGACAACAAACAAAAGACCCAUGUAAUUAACAGCAACCUAACACGGUGAUCUGACCGGGAAUACUCAAACUAAAGACAAAAUGGGUAGGAUACGAUGGUGCACCCGAACGUCAAGAAUCGUAGCACUUUGCAGUGCUGCGAAUUUCAUAAACAGUGCCGACCGUCUAAUAAUGCCUAUUGCCAUCGUUCCGAUGGCAGAUACUUUUAACUGGACGUUGCACGACCAAGGCUGGAUUCAUUCCGCGUUUGCUGUCGGGUAUUUUACUAGUCAAAUCAUCGGUAGUUUUUGGGCCACGAAACUGGGGGUGAAAAACGUAUUAAUUUGCAGUGUUUUACUGUGGAGCAUUGCAACUUUCAUAACUCCAUUGCUGGCCCACAGUAUUAAUGCUCUGGUGUUCUGUAGGAUUGUCUUAGGGUUUGCUGAAGGCUUAGGCUUACCCACAAUUUUCCAACUGUUUGCCCACAGCAUACCAGUGGAAGAACGUUCUCGAGCCUUUUCUUACCUCCUAGCCUUUGGAUCUGCAGGACAAACAGUCGCGUCAGUUCUCUGUCCUCACCUCCACUGGCAGUCCUGUUUCUACUGGUUUGGUUCAUUCGGUUUUAUCUGGGUGGUGCUUUGGUACUGUUUUUACCCCACUGAUGUGUACACUGAUGAAACAAUUCCCUUGCACAUGCCUAAGGUUAUAAGCCACACGAUACGCUGGCCUGAUUUCGUUUUAAACAAACCCUUGUGGGCGAUUUACGCCGCCCAUUUCGCCAUGAAUUGGUCCUCGUAUAUUAUAAUGCAGUGGUUGCCCACAUAUCUGAGCAAGUAUCUGGGGGCCAACGCCCAUAGUUUGAGCCUCACAGCCCUGCCGUACAUUGUCAAUUCGAUAUUCGGCGUUGUGUGCGGGCACGUGGCUGACGGACUGCUCAUGCGUAAGAGCUGGAGCGUGCUGAACGUUCGCAGGCUGAUGACGUGUAUCGGACUGGUCGGCCCCGCCCUCUUCCUGGCCAUAUUCUGCGUCGUCGACCAUCUGGCGUUCGCCCUGAUUCUCGUGUCGAUAUCUAUGGGUCUGUCGGCCGGUAAUUCGGCAGGGCAUCUCAGCAAUCACGUGGACGUCGCUCCGAAUCACGCCGGCACGACGUUUGCCAUAAGUAACACCAUUGCGACGAUCCCCGGAAUCCUAUGUGGGCCCGUUACUGCCAGUUUGGUGCACUAUAGUAAUGGGAAGUGGCUGUCGGUGUUCCUGGGGGCUACUGUAGUCAAUCUAACGGGCGCCUUCAUUUAUUUCACCAAUAGCGUCGCCACGCAGGUUCUGUGACUGUAUAUAAAUUAUAUGAAGUUUGUAUAUUUUUUGUAGAUACGAGAUGUUCUAAUAAAUAUGUUUAUUUAUUUUCUA